CAAGCUGCCGAAGAUUUUAUUCAAGCCAACCACUUUCGCCAGGCGUGCGAGUCGGAGCAAGUCGCGCAGCUCAAAACUCUCACAGCGACAGUCGAUUUGCUGAAGCACGAGCUCCGCCAGGCCAAAGCCGAGCUGCAAACGGUACAGCGAAAAUUACUGCGGUCGCGCUUCGAGAAGGAGCGCCUCGAAAAAAUUCUCGAUCGAGUUACCCGCGGCGCCGGCGGGGACGGAGACGACGAUGACGACGCCCCUAUCGACGCAGCCAAUGACGAAGAUGACGAAGACAAUUUUCUUUUGCUCAUGCACAACGUUGAUAAAUACCAGCAAGUGUCGUCACUCGAGAACACGGUGGAAGAUCUCGACAAGCUUUUCGCUGCUGUGGAUGUAGAAAACCACAACCAGCUCUUGGCACUGGCUGAGCUCGACAGAUACAUCGACUCGAGCAUGGUUUCGAUCCUCUGGAAGCACCAGCCCAAGCAAAAUCAAACGGGCUUUGUUGCAAAAAUGUUUUCAGUCGAGUCGCAAGCCACACAGACAGACGAUCCAGCAAAGCCAACGGACGCGGAGACGUUGGGUCUCGAUGACGAAGUGUUGCAGACGCCUCGGACGCGAAAAAAGUUACUGGUCAUUCCGACGUGCAUUCGCACGCUACUGGACGCGGUGCCCCGCGUGCCCAAGAUGCUGCUCAAAAAGUCGCUCGUGCACACGAUUUGGCUACUACUCGUGCGCAAGCUCGACGGCGAGCGGGCCAAACCGUCGGGGUCUCUCCCUGUCUUUUUGCGCGACUAUUUCAUGCAAAAGUUUGGCCUCAAGUCGCUCGCCGACUACCACAUGGUCGAGCUCGUCAAGAGCUGCCUCUUGUACCGACGCAAGCUCGAGAACGCCGCGAGCUUGUACGAGUCGGACCCAAGCGGCUGCAACUUGGACUGGGAUGACUGCCGCAUCCUGCUCUUCGGUCGAUGCAUUGACGCUUUUCCGGACGAGGCGCUCUCGCACAUUGAGUCCGAAGGUGUCUCGAUCUUGCUCGACUUUCUUGGGGACCUUCUUGAGCUCGACCCAGCGUUUCCAUCGCUGCAAGCCGUGCAAGACCUCGACGGGGCGGUCGUCGUGAGCCGCGACGUCGCGAUCAUCGUGUGGCGCUGCCAUUUUGCCUACAUGGGCCCCGAUGCAGAGACCAAGGCGUUGUAUGCGCUCGGCGAGCACGACUUCGUCCAGCCGCACGUGCUCAACAUGGAUUGGCUACUCGCCUAUGCGCUCUUUACGUGGCACAUGUUUGAGGUUGCCGAAGAGGCCGCGAUCCGAUCAGCGUUUCGCACCGUCCUUCUGCACACGAGUGGCCCCCAUUCGACCAACUUGCUCUUGCAAAUGGAUGGGUUUGUCGCGGCCGUCAACAGCGUUUGGCCAGAGUGCGCUGAAUCGACGGCACAGACGCUGUACAUGGACAUGAUGGCAACGAAGCGCGAGAGCUUUCGCCUCGCGUCCGAGCGCCGCCGCCGCGACAAGCAGCGCGGCGCGCCGUCAUCCGGCCACGUCCCUGCGACGACGGUCCUCGGCAUUGACGGCGUCUUUGAAGAAGAGUUUGUCGCUGUCUUGGCCAAGCUCCGGCGGAAUCAGCGCAAACGCUGGGGGAUUCGCACGCGCGGCGUACCUCUCCACGCGAUGCACAAGAAGUCGUGGCUGGGCGGCUAUGGGCAUCCUGUGAGUGCGACUGGAGCCGUGGACCCGCACUCGCUCAAGCCUGGCAUCUCGAUUUAACUUGCAUCUCUACUCGAUAUAUGCC